UUAUUUCCUCCUUCCACUUUCUCCUGCUUCUCACUAAACUACACGAAAACACAAGCAAAAAGCGUUAAUCUUUCCUCAUUUCUUAAGUAAACAUCUCGCCGUUUCAGCGAAUUCGCGCUAAACUCCCUGUUGUAGUACAUCAUCCUUUCUAAACUGUUCACCGUUUUUCAAUUUCUCCGAGCAAAUGGCGACGGCUAAGACGACUGCUACGGCGGCGUUUAGUAGUAUCGUCGGCGGCGUAGGAUCAGACUCCCGAAAGGUUUCCUCUUUCUCUCACCUCCAACCUUCCGUGGCUUUUCCGGCGAAGCCCACUUCCUUCAAAUCACUGAAGCUAAAGCAGAGCGCGAGGCUCACUCGAAGACUUCAACAUCAACCGUUCGUCGUCCGAUGCGAAGCUUCUUCUAAUGGAAGGCUUACACAGCAAGAGUUCACAGAGAUGGCGUGGCAGUCGAUAGUCUCUUCACCAGACGUGGCUAAAGAGAACAAGCAACAGAUCGUGGAGACGGAGCAUCUCAUGAAAGCUCUUUUGGAGCAGAAGAACGGUUUAGCUCGCAGGAUUUUUUCGAAGAUCGGUGUGGAUAACACCAAGGUUCUUGAAGCUACGGAUAAGUUCAUUCAACGCCAGCCGAAGGUGUAUGGAGAAGCUGCUGGUUCGAUGCUUGGACGUGAUUUGGAAGGGUUGUUUCAGAGGGCGAGACAGUAUAAGAAAGACUUGGGGGACUCUUAUGUCUCUGUUGAGCAUUUGGUUCUUGCUUUUGUUGAUGAUAAGCGGUUUGGGAAGCAGCUGUUUAGGGAUUUUCAGAUAUCUGAGAAGAGUUUGAAAACUGCUAUUGAGUCCAUUAGAGGGAAACAAUCAGUCAUUGACCAAGAUCCGGAAGGCAAGUAUGAGGCGUUGGAGAAGUAUGGUAAAGAUUUGACAGCGAUGGCGAGAGAAGGAAAGCUUGAUCCUGUGAUUGGACGAGAUGAUGAGAUCCGUAGAUGCAUUCAGAUUCUCUCAAGGAGGACUAAGAAUAACCCUGUGUUGAUCGGUGAACCAGGUGUUGGUAAAACCGCAAUCUCAGAAGGGCUUGCUCAGAGGAUUGUGCAAGGAGAUGUGCCUCAAGCAUUGAUGAACAGAAAGUUGAUAUCUCUUGAUAUGGGGGCACUUAUUGCUGGAGCAAAGUAUCGAGGAGAAUUCGAAGAUAGACUAAAGGCUGUACUUAAGGAGGUCACAGACUCAGAAGGCCAAACCAUCUUAUUCAUCGAUGAGAUCCACACAGUUGUUGGCGCAGGUGCGACUAAUGGGGCAAUGGAUGCUGGUAACCUACUAAAACCAAUGCUAGGUCGAGGCGAGCUACGAUGUAUAGGCGCAACAACGCUCGACGAAUACAGAAAGUAUAUAGAGAAAGAUCCAGCCUUGGAACGCAGGUUUCAACAGGUUUACGUUGAUCAACCUACCGUGGAAGACACUGUUUCGAUCCUCCGCGGUUUGAGAGAAAGGUACGAACUCCAUCACGGAGUUCGCAUCUCAGACAGUGCUCUAGUGGAAGCCGCCAUCCUCUCUGACCGUUACAUCAGUGGCCGGUUCCUACCUGACAAAGCAAUUGACUUGGUUGAUGAAGCAGCAGCCAAACUGAAAAUGGAAAUCACAUCGAAACCCACAGCUCUCGACGAGCUAGACCGCGCGGUGAUCAAGCUCGAGAUGGAGAGGCUCUCACUUACCAACGACACAGACAAAGCUUCAAGAGAGAGGCUAAACCGGAUCGAAACGGAGUUAGUCUUACUAAAGGAGAAGCAAGCGGAGUUAACCGAGCAGUGGGAGCACGAGAGGUCCGUCAUGUCCCGUCUCCAAUCCAUCAAAGAGGAGAUAGACAGAGUAAGCCUCGAGAUCCAGCAAGCGGAGCGCGAAUACGAUCUAAACCGCGCAGCAGAGCUCAAAUACGGAAGCCUAAACUCUUUACAGCGUCAGUUAAACGAAGCUGAGAAGGAGCUUAAUGAGUACUUAAGCUCUGGCAAGUCUAUGUUCAGAGAAGAGGUGUUAGGCAGCGACAUAGCAGAGAUCGUUAGCAAAUGGACUGGCAUCCCUGUGUCGAAGCUUCAACAGUCCGAUAGAGAUAAGCUUCUACACUUGGAAGAGGAGCUGCAUAGACGAGUAAUAGGUCAGAACCCUGCAGUCACGGCCGUAGCCGAAGCGAUCCAACGGUCCAGAGCCGGCCUAUCGGAUCCGGGCCGUCCGAUAGCUUCCUUCAUGUUCAUGGGACCGACGGGAGUCGGCAAAACCGAGCUGGCCAAGGCCCUCGCUUCUUACCUCUUCAACACGGAGGAAGCUCUGGUGAGGAUCGACAUGAGCGAGUACAUGGAGAAACACGCGGUUUCCAGGCUCAUCGGAGCUCCUCCCGGAUACGUGGGCUACGAGGAGGGAGGGCAGUUGACGGAAGUGGUUAGGAGAAGGCCAUACUCGGUCAUACUCUUCGACGAGAUUGAGAAGGCUCAUGGAGAUGUGUUCAACGUGUUUCUCCAGAUCUUGGACGAUGGGAGGGUUACUGACUCUCAGGGACGUACGGUGAGCUUCACCAAUACGGUUAUUAUCAUGACCUCGAACGUUGGCUCGCAGUAUAUCUUGAACAGCAACGCGGAUGAUGAGGGGAGUGAGCUUGGUUAUGAGACGAUUAAGCAGAGAGUGAUGGAUGCUGCGAGAUCGAUCUUUCGUCCUGAGUUUAUGAAUAGGGUUGAUGAGUAUAUUGUUUUCCAGCCUCUUGACCGUGAGCAGAUCAACAGCAUCGUCCGGUUACAGCUGGCUCGUGUGCAGAAGCGGAUUGCGGAUAGGAAAAUGAAGAUAGAGAUCACAGAUGCGGCGGUGGAUCUUCUCGGAAGCCUCGGGUAUGAUCCGAACUACGGAGCUAGACCUGUCAAGCGUGUGAUACAGCAGAACAUUGAAAACGAGCUCGCCAAAGGUAUCUUGAGAGGAGAUUUCAAGGAAGAAGAUGGGAUUCUGAUCGAUACAGAGGUCACAGCGUUCUCCAAUGGUCAGUUACCUCAGCAAAAGCUCACAUUCAAAAAGAUUGCGUCAGAAACGGCAGAUGCUGAGAAGGAGGAAGAAGAAGCUUUCUCAAAACAGAGCAAUUGAAAAACGACACCUUUUGGAGCCCAAGAAGUUUCGGACUUUAUAGUACAUAGCUUCUAGUGAGUUGGUUGUGACAGAACAGAAUGAUAACAUUUAUCUCAAUGUGAGAUAUAAACCAUAAGCUAAUAAGUUAUUGUGCUGAUGUCUCAAAAUCCAUAUUCUCUGAAAAUGCAAUAUAUAGUAACGUUAUAUAGUUUUC